AUGCUGGUAGAUUAAUUGGCUCCUUUCUAAAUUGGCCCCAAUGUGUGUAUGUAUGAAUGUGAGUUAGGGAGCUUGGACUGUAAGCUCCUUGAUGGUGGGGACCAGGGGCGGACUGACCAUUCGGAAACACGGGCACUGCCCGAGGGCCCAGGGUCAGUAAGGGGUCCCAUAAGAUGCCCCUGGUACCUUUCAUAGGCUUUUUUGGGUUGUGGGCAAGGACACAGGGGCCCCAUGAUCCCCUAUUGCCCAGGGGCCCCAUGAGUUGUCAGUCCGCCCCUGAUUACAGUGGUACUGAGCUGGUUAAAUAUGUUGACAAUAAGGCGAGCCAUACACUGUACAAAUUU